AUGUAUACGCAUUUCUUUGCGACCAGCUUGUCUCACCAAGCUGGACUACACCGAAGCACCACCGUGGUGCAUGCAUCUCCUCGCGUGCUCGUCUUGAAGGCUACGUCGACCUCCUCUUUUUCCACUCCGUCUUGCCCUCAAAGUUUUGGGUGUGCAUUAAAGACCUGCGCGGUGCAAACCCCGCGUCUCGCCCUUGUCGCUCCAACUCUUCCAGCUUGUGCUCCUUUGACGCCAUUAUGGCGUACGGAUCCGGCACGUUUGUGCACGCCUAAAUCCCUGCUGGUCCAAAAGACUUUCCCACAAACGGGCAGGUGCAACCAGGCGCCGCCAGCUUGGAAGCGGCUUCGCCCGAUCGACCAUCCAGCGCCACGUAGUGUCCCACGGAUGUUGGAGCCCUUGGCGAUGACGCUUCUGGCGAGUCUAUCGCCUUUUUUUUUUGCUUCACCACGUGGAGAGACCGAGACCGGCGUACGCUCCUGGCAGACCCGCCGCCGGUUCACCUCCUCCAGUUCCAGCGGUGACGUCACCUUACGCUUUCGCGCCCCAUCGUUCCGUGGUCGCGCCGUGGGGUCCGCAUCAAAGAUCUGCGCGGUGCUAACCCCACCUCUCGCCCUUGCCGCUAUAGAUCUUCCAACUCGCGUUCCUUUGCCGCCAUUAUGGCGUCACGCCAGCAAGUGA